ACAGUGUCGAUCUCCGUGCCUCGAGGAUGUGUACCGGCGGCUGGCGAGAAUGCCAAUGUAUCCAUAGAUCGUGAUUUAAGGUUUGCACCGAAACGUUACAGUGCAAUAUAAAGACCACAACAAAAGGAUCUUUGAACGGACGUCCGAUCGAUUUUUUUUGGCACGCUAGAUCAGUGACAUGAAUUUGCAAAUCGUGUGUAUCUUUCAAUUUGUUUUAAUAUUUAGUGUACGUCUACGUAAACUUCAAUAAAACAAACAAGGACUUAAAAAGUUUAUACACGACAGAAUUUACGACGAGAACAACUCAUACUUGUGGUUUCCUUGGUAACAACAAACUCGAUAACGCAGUGCUAAAGAUAUAUUCCGAUCACAACGUUACGAAGCCAGUGAGACAAGACAAGUCGAUUAUACGCAAAACAAAUUAACAUCGCGACAUUUUUUCAACGGAGUGUUCAAGAUCAGUCAACAUUUUUAGACGCUGUAGUGCGUGACAGAUGUUUGUUGUUGUUAGUUUAAUAUUAGAUUACGAAUUAACUGAAGCUCGAUCACCAAGUGACAAACACCGCCAUUGAAUCCUCUCAGUGUAAAGAUGAGAGUCCUUACACAUUUCACAGAAUGAUGCUAACACCGUACUUGACCGUGGCGCUGAUGUUGGUCCGUGUGGCUGAACUGUUCGACCCUACCAAUCAAGUGCUCGAUGGUCACUUCCAGGACCAGUGUACUCAGCGAUGUCCAUUCCAGAAUAAAACAGAAGAAGGCAGCUUCGACGCGGGGUGCGAAAACGAUGGUAAAAUAGAACAGUGUUCGAGGGGCUGUCAGUCUUGGCAGAGAGCACUUGAGUCCAGCUGCCAGAAUGUUUGUAAUGGAACCCAGGACCUUCUACCUCCCAAAGAGCUUUACUGUGUCAUGGGAUGUAACUAUGCAGUCAGCAGAUAUCUGCAAAUAUUGAAAGAUGAGAUUGGAACACCAUCCGCUCCUGCUCUGGUUGCUGACACCCUCACCGCCACUUCCCUCAGUCUCGAAUGGGAAGGUUCCAGAUUCAGCAACAUCAGCUACCUGGUGCAAUGGCGGUACGAGGAGCUCGCUGGAGCAUGGCAAUACUGCCGCAACCAGAGCUGGGGGCCACACUCCACCGUGUUAGUCGAGAACUUGCAGCCUUAUACAAAGUACAGGUUCCGGAUUGCCAUUCUGCUGUCACAUCACAGCGAACCGAUAGUUUCAGAACCGAGCGUGGUCAUCAGCACGCUGCCUAGAGGUGUACCAUCAUCGGCACCCACAAUUGUGAGAGCCACUGCGGUAGACUCUAGCCGCAUAUCUGUAUCAUGGGAACCUGGGCCCUUCCCCAAUGGCCCUGUGCUGUCUUAUGUGUUGCAGAUCAAUGAGUUACCGGAGGGCUACUCAGCCCUCAAGGAUAUCGCGGCAUCUGAAAAUACUAACUUCUACAUGUUCAAGAAUUUGGUGCCAGACAGAAAUUACACAUUGUCUGUGAGCAUGAGGAAUGUCGUAGGGGAAGGACCACCCGCCACCACUCUGGUUUCAACGCCGCCUGAACCUACAGUGAAAGACACACGCAAGCCUAAUUUGAUUUUGGGAACCUAUCACACGGUAUUGAGACGAGAAGCUGAUAUUUUAGCAGAACCAAUGAUUGUGUACAACACAUCACAUAUUAUUAAAGGUGUUGCAAUACACGUAAGUCAUCGCUUGCUGUUUGUGUCGGACUCUGCCGGCUAUGUAGCUAGUUCAUCGCUGAUGCGUUAUGAGGCUCCAAGUACCAUCCUCACUCCAUCGCACGCCAAUUUCCUACCGCUAGACCUCAGUGUGGACUGGCUCAAUGACCAACUGUACAUAUUGGGAGAGGUGACACAUUCUACAGGACCCAUGUGGCAGGUAGCCCGUUGUGGAUUGGAUGGGCGUGGGCUUACCAUUGCAGUGGCUGGUAUCCUUACUAAACCAUAUCACAUUGAAGUCGAUCCAUACAACGGUUAUUUAUUCUGGGUAAUACAAGGUGCCACAAUAGGAGGUUUGUACCGGCUGGACCUACAUGAUAUCAGCAAUGGAGUGAAACAUGAAGUACGACCACAUGUCAUUCUGGAAGAUCCUAACCUUGGAGCAUUCACAGUGGACCACAAAAAUUUCCGGCUCUUAGUUCCAAACCAUUCUCAGAAUACUGUUGUUUCUGUAUCACUGGAUGGGCGUGAAAUAGUUGACCUCCGAGGAAACACACAGCAGCCAAUGUUUCAGAAUGUGGUCUCUUUAGCAAUGGCAAAUGGUGUGUUCUACUGGACCAAUGGUGAGGAGGUGCUGUAUGAAGAAUACCAUCCAAUCCAUAACAGUUAUUUCCAUAAUGCUUAUCCUGAUCGGCCAGACAAGUCAUUUGUCAGCGUGAGCGUCAACCUACCUACAUCACAGCCCAUACCCAUCCCUGUGAACCCUCCAACCAAUGUGCAAGCUAUACUAGGAUCAAAACUGGCAAAGACAUCAUGGCAGGUGCCGCACUUACUAGGAGGACAAGGCAAAGGAGCAUGGCAGAACUGGUCGUAUGAACUGCACAUUACGGAUGAAACCAUGGGAGUAACAGUGUACAAGAAGAAUGUUAAUACUACUUCUUACACAAUCCAAAACUUAAAGGCCAAUACAGAAUAUGUGAUAAAAACCGCUGCAUAUACAAGUUCAGGAAAAGGUCCAUGGUCAUCAGAAUUCAGAGGAAAGACAUUAAAGGUGCCACAAGACGGGAAAUAUGCUUCAAUAUUAUGGUCUGCAGCUGAAGGAUUAUUGAAGUCGGAUGUAACAGGAGAGAAUGUCGAGAUGCUCAUACAUAAUACAAACUUAAAGGAUAUGCACGGAAGUUACCACAUAACCGACAUAGCUUGGUACAAAGACAAGCUGUAUCUUGUGACAAACACAACUCAUGUAUACUGGUUCAAUCUCACAACUCACGAAUCAGGACACCUGAGAGAGAUGGAUUCAGUAGGCAGCAUCGCUGUAGACUGGAUUGGCAAGAAACUAUAUUGGUCCAAUCCAAAACAGCAAUUGAUUACUCGAGGGAGCCUUAAUGGUACUCAGCACGAACCUCUUCCCAUCCUGACAGUAGCUAAGGAGUUAAAUAUUGAUGCAAUUCAAGCUUAUAUAUAUUGGUCGACGGGGCACGCGGUCGAAUGUGCACGGCUAAAUGGGAAGAACAGACGCACAUAUUACCCCGCAGAACUGUUUUCAGGAAAGCAAGUGAUGGGACUCACACUUGAUGUUGAUCGAAGAGCUGUCUACUGGAUAGUAAGGAGCUACGAAGGCUCUACACUAUUCCAGGCUCCAACUGCUGAAGAAAUUCCCCAAGGAGAGGAGAUAUAUCCCAUAAAGGAAAUGAGCCUGCAGCAUUCUCAUAUGCAAGGACCACUGUGCUAUUUUGGUGACCACCUACUGUGGCUACAGGAUGACAGAAAUGCUGUGAUAGGGGAUCUGAAUGGACAGAACACUGCAGUUAUCAGUGGAACAAGCCUCUCUGGGCUCAAUAUGGUAGCCGUUUUAGAUUCCGCUUUGCAUCAUUAUCCAAAUACGAGUGUCUCUGAUGAUAUUAACGUUAUUCCUGAACCAGUAUGCCUACCUUCAAUUCACAUCACAGGAACAUGGGACAAGUUUUUAAUCAAAUGGGACCCAGUAACAAAUGUUAAUUAUGAUCAAGUAUUUUACGAAGUCAAAAUUUAUGACUUUUCAAAAACGGAUUUUUCUGAACCUAAAGUGACGGUUGAGCCACUUGUAAGGUAUUGGAAUCCGGGAAUGAUUCCAUAUUCAAGAUUGCAGAUAACAAUCAAAGCCUUCACUUACUGGGGUGCAUCACCUCAGGUGCGGGCGAUCAUGCACUCACCACCUUCAGUGCCCACAGAACCCACAAAUCCACGUGUAUUCGUUUCAUAUUCUAGAAAUCCGGUGAGAGAAGAUCAGGAUGUGAUGGCUGUGUUCAGAUGGGAUCCUCCCACAUAUUCUAACGGUAUUGUUGAAGGUUAUAAAGUGAAGUGCUGGUACUCGUCACAUGGAACUUACAUUCACGUAUGUGACUCACUGAACUUAAAUGCUACCAAACUGGAAUUCACUGCAUUCAACUUGUCACGAAAUUCAACGUAUUACUUUCAGGUCCAGGCAUAUACAAGUGUUGGCAAUGGAGCACUGACUGAUCCCGUAAGAGCAGAUACAGAUGUGGAGAUGCCUGUCCCUAAGCUACUUCUUUCUACUUUGGACGCUGUAAAGAUCACUGACUGCGACAAACAUGAGAACCAGACGCUGUCACGAAGCAGUGGACCCCCUGUAGAUUUAGCAUUCAUUAGUCUUGAAAACAAAUUAUAUUGGCUGAAUGAGAUGCAAGAGUUACUGAGUUCUAAUCUAGAUGGCCAGAACAGAGGAAAGAUUGUGACUCUGAACAAUACUGGAUUAAGUAUUACUGUGGACUGGGUAGGAAGAUAUCUCUAUUGGUCUGAAAUAAACCACAGAACCCCAGGUUCAACAAUUUAUCGACUGGAUUUGAAUCAAGCAGAAAGGGGUCAUAUAUAUGCUUCCAAAGUGCUUAGAAGAUCUAAGUUCAUUCACAGCAUUGACAUAUCUCCUUUUAAAAGCACUUUAUUUUGGAUUGAAAUGAAUAAAAGUGGAGUGGGUCAUCUUAUGACGAGCAGAGCUGACGGAAGUAUGAUACGACCAUUUUUCACAAACACCCACAGAAAAAGAAGAGACAGUUCAUCAAAUGGUGAAUGUACUUGUCCUCAGAAUCCAUCUGUUGGGAAAGCAAUGACAAUUGAUCAGACUGAUCCAGCAAGUAUUCAAAUUCUGUGGGUGGACGGUCAGGAGAAUCAUGUGUACCAAACAGAGGCAAACGGAUGUUUCUGUUCUGUGGUGGUAAAUGCCACCGUAAAUACAGAAGCAGGUCUUCCCCCAACAUCAAUUACUACGGACCAUCGUCUGUUAUACUGGUCUAAUGAAACCGAAGGCAAAGUGUAUUCAGUGAUGAAGGCCACAGAAGAUCAAGUGUUGGCAAGCAUGACGAGAGGUGUCAUGUCAGUUAACAUAACAGGAGUUCGAAGAAUCGCAGCACUUGGACAACACUUACAACCGUAUCCAGUGCCGAAAUGUCUUUCGCCAGUUCAAGCCAGGUUGGUUGUCAACAACAUCAGUCACACAGAUCAUUCCAUAACACUGCAACUCCCGGAACCUGAGCGACAUCCUCAAUGUGAGAAUAUGUCACUGGCCUCGGUUGAAUACACGGUAUAUUACGGGCAAAUCAAAGGGGACAGGAACACGGACUGCAGUGCAGAUAUAAAUUCCUGUUCCAAAAGGAUUACGUACAAUCGAGUAUUGGAAGUACCACAUUUGAAGCCAUUUUCUACUUAUAUAUUUUACGUGUCACUUAAAAAUUACUACAGUGACCUAGAAGGAAUUAUCCCUGUUACUGGGCCUCCAACUAAAUUCCAAACUGCUGCAGGAGCUCCAUCAUCACCACAGAAUGUAACAGUUCUGGUUCUAAAUCCCACAACUGUUGAGGUACAGUGGCUGCCCCCACAGGAGUUCAACGAUGAGAGAGUAUGGUACGAGGUACACUGGUGCACGGAGAGCAUGGUGGCUGGUGUACGUCAGAAGACCGACAAAGAUGUCAUGAGUACAGACUCACUGAAAAAUGUCCACAGAUCUGACCUCAACAACUUACUGCCUGGAGAAACUUAUCGAAUUUGGGUGCGGGCAAAUUCUCAGAACAGCAAGACGUACAGUGACAGUGAUGGUGUUGUUAUCACAAUGUACCCAGAACUCAACAAUAUUACUCUUUUACACGCAACACCAUAUGCACUCAACAUCUCGUGGACUCCCUCCAAGAACGUUCCCAUUGUAAGGUAUGACAUCCAGUACCAUGAAGCUGGUUCAGGAAGUUGGAGCAACUUACUGAAAGACACAGAAGUUUAUUUUGUAGACCACUUGCUUCCAAAGACACACUAUGUCUUCAGACUUUCUUUAAUUUAUCCCCAUUCUUCAGUGCCAUAUGUAUGGCCUCCAGAUGAAAGAUUUUCUUACGAAACAUUAGGGGACUGUCCAAGCCCCCCUGGUGUUCCUCUCAUCCAACAACUGAGAAGAGAUGUCUAUCAGGUCAUAUGGGACGCUUCUCGUGAGAAUGGCGCUCGUAUAGAGUUAUACUGUUUGGAAGGCAAGAUCGAGGAAGAAACACGGGAGAAGAGAGAAGCAAACUUUACAUUGGACGCUGACAAUUCAGCUAGAACGGAGGAUAAUAAUUUUGUUGAAGCAGAUGAUAAUGACAUUUGGGUACUAUACUACAAUGGGACAGAUAACUACUGGAUUAUUACUGAUCUCAGCCCAAGCUUGAGGUAUACCUUCAGGGUCCGUUCCAUGAAUAAAUACGGCUGGAGUAACUUUAGUUUAGCGAGUGAAUCAUUUGAUUUCACUGAAGCAGCCAUGCUAGCAAAGCAGCAAGAACUAGGAUUUGUACUCAGCAUUUGUAUACCGAUUGCAAUGGUCAUCUUAUGUGUGACUGUGAUGUUCAUAACAGUGUACAAGUUUCAACAACGGGAAAAGGAGAAGAAGUCUCUACAGAUGAUAACAUUGACAACAGCAACUCGAGGACCAGAUGUUGAACUGGCAACACUGAGAGAACUUCCUCGCAGAGGAAACUUUGUCCAGAACACAAAUGCCCUCUACACUACAGCUGACAUCCCUACAGACGAAGAGAUUGCAUUGUUACCUCAUAUUCGCAGAGAUCAGAUUACACUGACAAAAUUCCUUGGCAGUGGAGCAUUUGGAGAAGUGUUUGAAGGCAACGCAAGAAACUUGGCUAAUUCUGGAGGAGGUGAAACAAGAGUUGCUAUCAAAACAUUACGAAAGGGAGCUACAGAACAAGAAAAGGCUGAAUUCUUGAAAGAAGCUCAACUGAUGAGCAAUUUUAAGCAUGAACACAUUCUUCAACUCUUGGGUGUCUGCCUUGACAAUGAUCCUAACUUUAUCAUAAUGGAGCUAAUGGAGAAUGGAGACUUACUAAGUUAUCUCCGGUCAAACCGGCCACUCCUAUACACGGGAAAUUCUCUUACUUUACUCGACCUGAUGGCAAUGUGUGUAGAUGUCGCCAGAGGCUGUAGAUAUUUGGAAGAAAUGCAUUUUGUCCACCGAGAUCUGGCAUGUCGCAAUUGUCUAGUAUCAUCAGGAGAUCCUCAGACCAGAAUAGUUAAGAUUGGAGACUUUGGCCUCGCAAGAGACAUAUACAAGAAUGACUAUUAUCGAAAAGAAGGAGAAGGAUUAUUACCUGUAAGAUGGAUGGCACCAGAAUCAUUGGUGGAUGGCGUGUUCACUUGCCAGUCGGAUGUGUGGGCUUUUGGCGUCCUCAUUUGGGAGAUCAUGACACUUGGACAGCAGCCGUACCCGGCCAGAACCAACCUGGAAGUUCUGCAUUAUGUCAGAAAUGGUGGACGCCUUGGAAGACCUAACAACUGUCCAGAGGAACUAUAUCAGCUGAUGUUGAAAUGCUGGAACUACAAUCCUGAGACACGACCCACAUUUACAUACUGUUUGGAGGUUCUGGAAGAACUCAAAAGCAAAAGCACUGACCUUCCUCUAAUACCCAUCCAGAAUGGGCACUAUGUGAGCAGGACAAGGAAUGGUGGCAUAGAUAACCGUGGCUUCUUUGAAGAUGAAAACCAUAAUAACAGUUCAGGAAGCUCGUGGAAGACGGGCAGUGAUGCCAGCAGUCGAGAUCAGGUGCCUUUCCUUCAGCCCUCACCUGAAAGUGUAUCAGGACAGGGAAGCCAACCACUGGCAGUACCGCAAGGACAGACAGGUCUUGAUGGACGUCAAAAUGCGAGUCCUACAAACACAACACGUGAGAUUCCCACAUACUUAGAGCUGAUCUACAAUGACUCACCACCAUCUGCAAUAGCUGAUGGUUAUGAAAUUCCAAGAGCCUUCGCUAACAGAGAUGUCAAUAACAAGACUUCAUCAACUAGUGACACAGUGGAGAGACCUAGAACUUUUUCUACUUCUUCGACAGUAAGUAACGGAAGUGCUUCAACACCAGUGAUGUACCAACAAGCCCAUUUAGUGCGUAAUACAACUGAUAAUUCUGAUUCAGCUGGAAAGGUGGGCAGUAUUUUAGUGAUCGGGAAUAUGAAGGCUAAUGGUUGUAUAGGAGGGAUCAGAAAAAAUGCACCAGAAUUCAUAAGAAAUGGAGAAAAGGACCUUUCUAGUCUUGAGAAAUUGCUGCCAUCUGUGAAGAAGUGCACCAACAACCAUCAGACAGUUGGAGGCAGUGCCAUGGACAAUAAAGGUGGGGUAAACACCAACAUAAAGACAAACAGUGCUUAUAGUAAUGUGGCGAAACAACCAUUACUGGAGGAAGAGGUGAAAGAAACCUUACCAGAAAGUUCUCAUAAUUGUUCCAAUGACAAUAAUGAACCUACCGUCACAAUUUCACAUAACUGUACACCCACUAGAACCCUAUCCUGAACAUCCGUUCAGCUCCAAUUCUGUAUAACCUCUACAAUUGGAAAUUAGUUUAUGAUAUAACCAAAAUGUGUAGGCAAUCCAUUUGUAAAAUGGUUUAACCUAAAUACUGUGCCAGCAUCCCAAGCUGACAAUAUCCUGUGCCUAAAGUAUUUAAAACUGCCACAAUUAUCAGAACUGUCAGGACAUAAUACCAAAUGCUUUUACGAACAUUACUGUAUAAAACAACACAUCAUGUACAUACAUUGUUUCAUUAUAAACUCUCUCAUAUUGUUCUGUGCGCACAUUGUAUAGAUUUACUCAUUGUAAAUAACAUAAUGAAAUGUGUUAUUAACAUUAGUAGUAGUAGUAGUAGUAGUAGAAGACUUACAUGUAUAUAUGCAUCCAUGCAUAGAUACAUACACAGUCAUGUACAUAUGUGUUAACUACAGCUUUGUACAGCAAGAUCUACAAGUUUUAAUGGCAGAAAGACAAUUCUUGCUCCAAACAUUUUAAAAAUCUGUGGAUACUCGUUUAUAUAUUCUCUUUCUUCAUGAAUUAAAAUCCAACUUCCAGUGUCUGAGUUCUUGCUCACAAA